UGUAUUUGGACUGUCGGACAAUGUACAAUUCAUCCCACCUCAUUCAACAUAUCUACAAUGUCUGCACAUAAACGGACAACCCUCGAGGAUGAAAUUACCACCUCUCUUCAGGACUUGAAGACUCGCAAUCGCAUUUUUGGUGAACCGCCAUCUUUAGACGAGUUUCUCGAACCAGUCGAAGAACAGGAAGUUGUAGAUUCCCUUGCAUUUGAAGGUGGGGAUAAGGCCAUUGUUGCUGCAGUAAAACGAGAGAUAGCCGAGAAAGUUGGUGAGGUGAUUGAGGUGGAAUCCGACGAAGACGAGGACACUCAGGCUGAACCAGAGUUUUCUCGCGCUGAAACCCUUGGGCUGUGUCAGCAGCUCGAAGGAGCCUGCCUGCAGUUCGGAAAUGCUGACCCCACACUUCCACUAGAGUUGUUGAAGCAAAUCCGUCUUUUUCGAGCUCACUUGCGACGUGACGAGCUUCUUCAUGGAACGCAAACUACGAUAGACUCUUAUUUCAUUAGUCCUUUAGAUACAUGAGCGGAGUCACACUAUGUCACAAUUUGUCACAAUGUGUGACAUAUGUGCUAAUGCAUAAAUCUCAUAAUGCAUAAGGAUUUUGUGUUCCCGACAUUAUGCAUUAUGAGAU